ACGUCACAAAGGCCGGCUCGAAUGGAGCGGGCUGCAGUGUUCGGAUUCCCGGAAGAGGUGACGGGCUCGAGCUGCAGCAGCCGCGGUGGCGGCGGCGGCAUGUGUGCGCUAUGGAGGGCAAGAGAGUGGAGAUUCCAACCGGGGUGCUGGACGACCUGUGCAGCCGAUUCAUUUUGCACAUUCCAAGUGAAGAAAGAGACAAUGCGAUCAGAGUAUGCUUUCAGAUUGAGUUGGCCCAUUGGUUUUACUUGGACUUCUACUUGCAGAACACACCAGGAUUGCCUCAGUGUGGGAUAAGAGAUUUUGCCAAAUCAGUCUUCAAUCAUUGUUCAUUUUUACUUCGGAAAGGAGAUGACGUGGAAAAGAUUUUAGAUGAAUGGAAGGAAUACAAGAUGGGAGUCCCAACAUAUGGUGCAAUUAUAUUAGAUGAAACACUGGAAAAUGUACUUCUUGUUCAGGGUUAUUUGGCAAAGUCUGGUUGGGGAUUUCCAAAGGGUAAAGUGAACAAAGAGGAGGCCCCACAUGAUUGUGCUGUGAGGGAGGUUCUUGAAGAAACUGGGUUUGACAUAAGAGAUCGUAUUUGUAAAGAUGACUUCAUUGAACAGAGAAUCAAUGAUCAGUUAGUUCGACUAUAUAUCAUCCCAGGUGUUCCAAAGGAUACUAAGUUUAACCCUAAAACAAGAAGAGAAAUCCGGAAUAUUGAAUGGUUUUCCAUUGAGAAGUUGCCAUCUCAUAGGAAUGACAUGACACCCAAGUCAAAACUGGGUUUAGCACCAAAUAAGUUUUUCAUGGCAAUUCCAUUUAUAAGACCACUAAGAGACUGGAUAUCCAAAAACUAUGCAGACUCUUCAGACAGUGAUGGCCUUGUAUCCAAUAGUGCAACUCCAUCAAAAACUUCAUUGGAAAAAAUAAAUGCAAGAUCACGAACACGGCAGAAUCCACAGUUACUGGAGGGGUUCAUAGGAGAACCAUGGGGAUGCUCCAAUAAACACAGGCCACAGCAGAAGCCUUUCAGUCAGAAUAAUCAGUGUGACACUUCUGAGGCCAUAAAGAGCAAGUCCCAUAAUGUCAGGGGUAAUGGCAGAAAGCAAUAUCAAGACACUCCAAACCAGAAGAAGAAGCCUAAUGGAGUAAACAAUCAGCAAGUCAAACAAUUUCAGAUAUUGAAACCCGAUAAAAAGCUUCAGCCAAGACGAUUACAGGACAAUUUUGAAACAGAUGCAGUCUGUGAACUCUGCAGUUCUAAUCAGCUCCUAGAAUACACUGGGACAUGCAUGUCGGGGUCUGACCCUUCUGAUUCCUGCAGCGGACACUCCAAUUUUAGUUUCUCAUCCAGAGCCUUUCUCAGCUUCAAAUUUGAUCGUGAUGCAAUUAUGAAAUGCUUUGACCUAUGACGGCAUGUUGAGCCCUGAUGUGAAAGGAUCACGAGGUUACAGAGAACAAGUGCAAGAUCAAGGAAAAACUCACCUUUUGACCCUUGAGUGUUGCAGACUCCUAUGGAUUUUAAAAAGUACAGUGUGAAGUUUUAAAAGUGGGCAGGAAUAAAUAAGAUGAGGUCAUGUUUAAUGCAGUUUAGCCUUUGUACACAAGCAACCUUUUUGGUAUUUGAAAUUGGCCAUUGGUUUUCUUUUUAGUAGAUUAGUGCAAUACUGGAAAGGAAACAUUUUUAACACUUUUUGUAAAUAAUCUUUCCCUUUCUCUCUGGAUUCCAUCCCCAUUAGUUAGUCUUGGAUAUGACACUUUAAGCAAAUGAAGGUUAUCAGGCGUUUUGGAGUGGAUGUUUGGAAAGAUAGAAUGGAUUGUUGCAGUAUUAGGCUUUUGUUUUAUGCAGUUUAAUCAAUUACAUUUACAGUAAUAUCCAUGCUGUUGUUAUUCAUGUAAUUAUACUGUAGAUAUUUGUUCCUCUCUAUUGUUCUACUGGAUGUUUAAUAUGGUCUUUGGUGUUGCUUUAGUUACAGGAUAAUAAGCUGUUUCUGGUAUUUGUUCCAGACCUAGUCAUAUUACUUUUUUCUUUGCUUCAGUUUAUAUGUUUUAAAGUUUCAAGGAAAAUCAUUCUGUACCUGGAUCAGAUCUAUGUUAAUAGGGAAAAUGGGAGGCUGUUGAGUCUCUGUGAGAAUACUACCUUCAUCCUUUCACUCACAGUCCAUUAAUGAUAGAUUGUAUAGAAUUUCUUGACCUCUUAGUUCGAACAUAUUAGUGACUUAUCAACAAAAAAAAAUUGAAACCCACUGAAUUCCUUGACUGCUUAAUGCUUUAUUAAAAAGGAGCAUGUGGCUAGAUGACGCAUUAUAUGUGAGAGCUCACAGAUCUUGACCCUGAACUCUGGAGAUCUGAAGGAAUGAUAAUUUGUUGUUGUAAAUUCAAACUUUAAUCUCCAUCACAGAAAUUUACUCAAAUUUGUUUUGGAAAUAGGCUUGGCAGGGUGAAGGCUGUUACUCAAAGAGUAAUUUCAAGUUCUUUUCCAGCUAACACGCCUAUUUAGUAGACAUGCGACCUUAACUGCAAUCCUAUAAAAGAAACCUCAAAAGUCAUGAUCUAUUUCCUUGUUGUCAGUUGUAUACCCCAAAAUCUGUCUCUCAAAUUGAUUGAUUAUAAAUUAAUUUUAUAUUUUGAGAAAUUUAGAAUAUUCCUGCUUAUCCUGCUCAACUUCUCUGUGGAACACUACAAUGCAUGUACGUAGUGUAGAAGCAGCAUCCAACUAAAUUAUGAUGGUAAACUGUUUAAUGAAAGUAACAAUCCUUUGUUAAGCUUUAUAACCUUAUAAAAACAAUAAGGUUUUAAAUCUGUGACAAUAUUGUUAUAAAAAUGAUACAUUUGUUUGUCCUGUUUUCAUCUCAUCCCAGUGGAACAGUUUGAAUGAAGUGGAUGAUAAAAUUUUGUAUGAGAUUGUUUUGAGCUCUCAUGGAAAAUAAAACCAAUUUGCAUUAGAAUAGAAUUCUUGGGUGGGGGUCUAUUUCAAAACUGAAUACAAGUCCUACAUUCUGAUGGUAAAUUUUCAGCUUUGGGUGCAAUUUGGUCAUUAAUUAUGCCAAAGAUUGUACUGUUUUUGGGACUCGGUUAUAGACCAACGGGUUUAUUUGAAAGCACAUGCUUUCGAAGCUCAGCUCCUUCCUUGGGCGUGACUGAGCCGGAGGAAGGAGCUGAGUUUCGAAAACUUGUGUUUUCAAAUAAACCUAUUGGACUAUAACUUGGUAUUGUGUGAUUUUUGACCUCUUCUACCCCAGUUCAACACCGGCGUCUCCACAUCACAGCUAUUUUUGGGAAAUCAUUUUGCUCAAACUCACUCCCAUUUUGACAAAUAUGAAAUCUCCCUUGAAGUAGUGGAAUUGGACAACAUUUUGGGAUGUAUCUGUUUUUAAAAUUUCUAUACGUAACCUAGAGUGGUAAAUGGAGCAGUUUGAAUAUAUGGUUUAAAAUUAUUCAUAAAAAUAAUUCAAUCUGUUCACCAGGUAUGAAUAAUUUGAUCUUAAAUAUAUUCAGAAGCUAUUUAUAAUGGAGUACCAUAGUCAUUCAUAGUAUGUGAAGAGGAAUUUUUCCAAACCUUUUGCAAGAUGUUUAUUAGUGUCCUUUCAUCCAAAAGAACAAGCUUAAAUUUUUAGAGUUCAUGUCACAACUCAUUAUUCCCAGAGCUGUCAAGAAUAUGAAAAGAUUUAAUCAAUCUAUCCAGAGUCCCCACUUUAUCUGACUGAUUAAUUCAGUUUAAAAGAAAACACUGUCCAGAUUUCUGUACUUAACAAGAAACUAACAAUUUAUGAUGAAUAUAUUGUCUUUAACCAAUGGCAGUUACGAAAUGUGAAUUGCUAACUUAUAACUGUAAACUUAAAGUCUAUCCUUUCUUAAAUACCCUUUUCACAAACAGACAGACACAAAGACAUACAAAAUAUGAUAUUAAGGAUGGAUAAAAACAGGGAAACGCAGUUCGAUAACAUUAGUCUGGACCACAGUAUUUAACAAGUUGCUUUCUUUCUUUUCCUUUCAAUUCCUUUCUACUUCUUUGCUGUUGACAUAAGGUUGUUUGCCACAGUAUGCUAUUUUACAUUAACUGGUUAAGAAUUCAUCCUUUCCCUCUCUCUUUUUAAAGGUGUUUGAUUCCUCUUUCAAUAGGGGAUUUGUAGCGAAAAGUGAGUGGAAGAUAGCUAGCUGUUACUCCACAUGAAAGAGAGACAUACAGAUUUAUGUUUUCUCUUUGCAGGCUAAGUAGCUGUUUGCUGCACCAACUCCACACAAGCCAUGAUCAUCUGAUUAAGAGCAAAUCAAACUAUUGUUGUUGAACAGUUUUCCUUUAAUUCAGACCCAUUGGCUCUGUGCUGUGUGCUUUUUACUUUCCCCUGGACCAAUGAGAGCAGCAUUGUAUGUAACCCAUUGUGCUCCAGUAAAUGUGAUUUUUAAAACUGCACUAUUUCUUUACACAAUUUCGUUGGUUUAAAGCAGUAACUCGUUUUUUUUUGUCUACAGUCCAACAAUAAAAGAAAUAAAGUGA